AUGUAUGCUCAAGCUAUCGCAAAGCUCACGGUUGUCGACAAACGCGAGAGCAUUCAGGGCCCCUUCCGUCUAUUCGAGUCGACCGAAAUAGAGUUCGAGAUAUACGAUAUAGCCGAAUCUGAAGGUUCGAAAGCCUUCUCCGGGUUGAAUACUAUGGCCAAGAUGAAGGUGGUAAUACAGAAACAUGUAUAUGAAUAUGGCCCUGUUACAUCUCAACCUAUCAGAACGUAUCUCAACCAACAACUUGAUAAUUUAUUUGCUCUUGGCUCUUUCUCUGCCUCCCCCAAAAUCCUCUAUUUGUGGCUAGUCAAUCACAUUCAAACGACUAAAGACUGUGGAUCAGACAGUCACUCGCCACCUAUAAAGAUGCUGAAACCAAAUCCUCAUGAUUUGCCUGAGAAGACCCGAUAUUACCUGCAUGACCUGGACCAGGUCAGUAAGGUCGUAGGUGUAUGGUUGCAGAGUAUGCCCAUGACAUAUCCCCUGCAAUCAGCCUUAAACACCGUUUGGAAUGUAGUUGAAAUUGAGCUUCAGGCUAUCGCAAAGGACAUCUUACCAUCGGACUUUAUUUCUAUAUCAAUUUGGGACGAUUCUUCUUAUUUAAACAAUCAGCAAGGUUCAUAUCCAGGCUUUAAUAGGGCAAUGGACCAAAAUUUGGACAAAAUCAAGAAUCAUAACGGGAAGCGUGAACGAAGUCCCCAUGAUGAUGCGAGACCGAUUUUCAAUAUUCACCACUGCUCUACAGUUUUGUCUACAUCUGUCGGAAAGCCAAUGGCCUCUACUGAAUGUGUAUCAAAUCAUCUUUCUCAAUCCGCACAUCACAUCGAAGCAAAAAGGCACAAGACAGCUUCAAUUGAUGAGAUGAUUCUGUCUGGUCAAAACCAUCAAAGUUUAUAUACGCCAGACUCAGGCAAGAAUCCUCCUAAAUCCCGCACGCGGCCGAUCCCAAGCGACAUGGAUAACAUCAUUCAGGAAAUCUUUCGCCUCGACCCUCUUCCCUCGUCCAUUGCCGUUGGUAUCCCCUCAGACUACGUAGCUACGCGGAUACGAUACCCAUGCUACUUUCCCAGCCCUGAUGAUUACGAGGUAGGAGAAUUAUGGGAGAAAAUUGAUAGUGAGUUUCUGAACGUCGUGGGGGCGGAUAUACUGAGUCGGGGCGACUUACGACGUGGCAAAUACGGGGUACUUGGCAUUGUGGACUGGAUUCUCGACGCACGCGAGCAUCCUGGCUGGGACGACACAUGCGAGAAUGUGGUGUCAGGUAAACUGGUAGAGUUACGUGAUCGUCUCACCAGUGCUUUGCUUCAGCCAGAUCACGUUUCCUCUCAUGCGUCUAUUCUUCACUCGCCUACACAUUCUACAACCACAUUGGUCGGACACGAUUCUCCCCCAACUUUUAUGAAAGAUCGAGAUCAGCCUCCCUUCACAAAAGCCAACACCAAAUCCAAGUGGAUGGAUACCGUCAUGGUCAGUGAUGCGUCAUCGUCGGAUGACACCCACGGGGUCGGUUUGCCUGCACAAACAAUCCGUCCUGCAAUCAGAAAAACCGGUGUGAUCGUUGGUGCAAUCCGCAUGCCCAGAAGCGCGUCUCCCCCUCCGGAUACCGACGCAGAACAAGUGCAAUAUCAAUCCGCUUCAAAACGAGCGAGCUCCAUCCGACAAUCUACCACACCCAGAAUCAUUGGUACAAUACGCAUGCCCAGAAGUGAAACUCCUCCAUCGGAUACCGACGCAGAACAAGUGCAAUAUCAAUCCGCUUCAAAACCAGCGAGCUCCAUCCGACAUUUCACCACACCCAGAGUUAUUGGUAGAAUCCGCAUGCCCAGAAGUGAGACUUCUCCAUCGAAUACCGAGGCACAAGCACGAUUCAAUCUAUCUCCGCAUCUUUUGAAUGCAUCCAAGUCAAAGGUGGUCAAAGCAGGAAGCACAGAUCAGCUUUCAAUCGAAGGACCCGACAACUCAUCUCAUAUAACUCAAACCGUAGGACCAGGCGAAGGGAAUGUUGAUCAAAUCACUGGUGAUUCUCCUCCCACACGCGAUCAAUCAACAAGACUGCAAGCGUCAGGCAACUCUUCUUCAUCAUCCGCCGCCCAGGAAAUAUCAUCCCACCAAUUGAUUGACUCCUCUCAACCGCAACCAAUCUUUAUAAGCUCUUUUUGGGUAAAGCAAAUUGACAUAUACAAGAGUAUAUCAGUCGAAAAGAAUAACCCUCAGCCCACUGAACUAUCCGAAAUACAUAAGGCCAAACGAGUCUUAUUAGAGACCUUGAUUCGAGGAUCGUGUACUGAAUUCAAUCCUAACGAAUCGCUGUCACGGCCUGUUACUUUCAGCAGCUUGGGCCAACCUGGCAUUCGGUCAUGGUGUGAACAACCAGAAAAUCGAGAGCUUUUCACUCCAGGUCUGGAAACGAUCUGGUAUAAGCCUGAAGUCUUCAAUUUUGACGCCAUUGCGAAUUCCGAACCUCCGGAGUCGAUCUCUAGACACGAGCGCUUUCUUUGGAAUACACUCAAGAAUUUUCGUGUGCCUAGUGCCACUCUUGUUGAACGUGGAAUGCACUACGUAUUGGCGGCGCUUGUCUUAAUUGGAUCCGACGCUGAACAGCCGCAUCACUCUCCCGAGCUGCCUGACGUCUCAUCAAUAUCCCAUGGCGCUCGUACCGCUCUUUCAUGCUGGCAACACUACAAAACACUUUCCUCCCUGCGUUGGGCUAAACUCGAAGCCAAGCGGAUUGAAGCUGCUGACAAUUGCAUAGAAGAUCUUGACAAACUGAUUGCGACUAUCUAUACAAUGGUGGAGACCUUCGCUAGUAUAUGGGCGUUUACAUCUCUGAAGGCCGACAUCGAAGCCACCCAGAAAGUUAUCAGGGAAAAUCAAUCUCCCGAAAAGCUCGAAGCAUUGACUUUAGGCUUGGAACAGCUGAAGAAUGCUUGCAAUCAAAUCAAAGUAGAGUAUGCCAACCUACCAGCCCUAGUCGCCUUUCUUUGUUGUGGCGUCAAGGGGCUGAUGAUCUACCCCAAUGAUAUACGAGUAUAUACUCCUUUACGUGCCAUAAACAUCCUCCUGGUGACAAGCCAUCUAGCCCAACUCGAUGAAAGGAUCUCUGAGCCAAUAUGGAAGAGAACUCAAUCAUACAUAGUCGGAUUUUUGAAUGCUAUCAUUCAACCAACUGACUCAUGGGUACCACAAGAGCUGAACCGAUAUCACUUGGCCAAGGCUCUCUUCCUUGAUUUCUCGAACCAUUUUAUCUCACGUAAUAUAUCAGAAAUUUGCGUUCCAAAGGCCAGAGCUUAUAAAGUACAUAACAAAGCAUACUCCUGA